AUCGUCAAUUCCAUUCUGCUAAAUCAAGCUGCUUACGCGAAAUUGCGAUGAGUCGAUGCAACGAAUCGGAGAGCGAGGUCGCUGGUUUCCGGAGGCUGAACCAUGUUUCGCUGGGCAUCGCAUUCGCGUACCUGACUGGAAAAUAGCACAAACAGACCUCCUAUAUAAAGAUCGUGUCCAGAUGCAGGAAGCUUCGUUAAUCACAUUCGCACUGUCGCAUUCCUAUCUUCACAAUGAAAUUUCUCCUCCUCAUUCUCCCCUUAGUGUUCGCUCUCUGCGCACAGGCCGCAGAGUGGCACGCCCACUACCGCAUGACCUCUGAUGAAUACCAGUCGACUGCCGAUUACUACGUUGGCCAGGGUUACCGAAUCAAGUCCGUAAGCGGGUACGAGCGCGACAACGAGGACAACUACGCCGCGAUUUUCGAAAAAAACAAUGGAGUAGCCUGGGUCUCACACCACCGAAUGACCUCCGCAACCUACCAGACCAAGUUUGGCAAGUACGUCGCGGCCGGGUAUCGCCUCCGGCAGGUCAACGGAUACAGCGUCAACGGCAACGUCUACUUUGCCGCCAUUUGGGACAAGUCCCCUGCCCCCGGCGCAUGGGUGGCUCGCCACAACAUCAACGGUGCCUCUUUGCAGAAAUGCACCGAUACGUAUAUUGCGCAGGGAUACAAGGUCACGCACGUCAGUGCCUACGAGGUGAAUGGUGAGGCGCGCUUUGCGGCGCUGUGGGAGAAGGUCAACGACGGAACAGCCUGGUGGGCGUGGGCCAAGAUGACCGCAGCGGAGUAUCAGAAGAAGUUCAACGCCUAUUUAAAAGACGGGUAUCGCCUAAUCAACGUAAACGGUUAUGCCAUUGGCAAUACGGUCUACUACGCUGGUAUCUGGGACACUUCCGCCGCGUCCGGAGCCUGGCUUGCACGCCAUGGCAUGGAUUCGGCUACCUUCCAAAGCCUCUUCGACAAAUACAAGGCUGCUGGCUACGUGCUUCAGGUUCUGAGCGGAUAUAAUACUGGGACUGCGGACCGGUAUGCUGCGCUUUGGAUCGAGCCCUGA